UGCAAAAGAAGCACAAACAGUUGCAGGCGGAAAUCGGGAAGGAUCAAGUGCAAACCAAUUAUGGUAUCCAUCGAGUAUAUAUGUUGAUUAUAAUGAGAAUCUAUAUAUAGCUGAUUCAUGGAAUCGUCGUAUUCAGUUAUGGACUAAAGGAGCUUCAAAUGGAUCAACAAUUGUCCAGGGAAUCCAAUCAUAUGGCAUUUAUUUAGACAAAGAUUCUAAUUUGUAUGUAUCCGAUUACGACAAUCAUCAAAUAACAAAAUGGUUUUCACCGAGAUAUGAAAUAAAUAAAAUAGUCGCUGGAAAUGGAAUCAAAGGAUCGGAUGCCAACCGACUAAGUCGCCCUCAUGGUAUAUUUGUAGAUGAUAACUACAAUAUUUACGUAGCAGAUAAAGGAAAUAAUCGUGUACAGAAAUGGUCUCGACAUUCUUUAAAUGGAAUUACAGUUGCUUCCAGUGGGUUAAACUCUCCGGUAUCUGUUACAGUAGAUUGUCAUGACAAUAUAUACAUUAGUGAUUUCGAGAGGCAUCGCAUUCAGAAAUUUUCUUCUGAUCCAACUUCUGGUGUAACCAUAGCUGGGAGUGGUACAGAAGGGGAUAAUUCAAACCAGUUGGCAUACCCAUGGGGAGUAAAACUCGAUAGUAAUGGUAAUAUAUACAUUGCCGAUCAAUUCAAUCAUCGUAUUCAAAAGUUUGAAAUUAACAGAUAUUGA